UUGGUGGUGAUGUCCGACUAAUACUCAGUUGAAUUUUUACUAAGGUUGAGUGCGUGAGUUGUUAGUAGUUGAGUCUUACAUGUUUAUUGUAAUUUAAAUACUAACAUUAUCGUGCAAAAUCGUGUAUAAACAUGUGUGACCAAAACAACGCUUCUACGCAAAGCAUUGCGGACUAUCUAGCUCAGUUAUUAAAGGAUAGAAAACAACUUGCAGCGUUUCCAAAUGUUUUUAUCCACGUAGAGCGACUUCUAGAUGAAGAAAUAGCAAAAGUACGGGCUAGUUUAUUUCAAAUAAAUGGAGUCAAAAAAGAACCACUAGUAUUACCAGAACCUGAUGGACCAGUUACGACACUUACAGAAAAAGUUUAUGUACCAGUAAAAGAACAUCCAGAUUUCAACUUCGUAGGUAGGAUCUUAGGACCACGAGGCAUGACGGCCAAGCAACUAGAACAAGAAACUGGCUGCAAAAUAAUGGUCAGAGGGAAGGGCUCGAUGAGGGACAAAAAGAAGGAAGAUCAAAAUAGAGGUAAACCAAAUUGGGAACAUCUCUCUGAUGAACUUCACGUCCUUCUCACAGUCGAAGACACAGAAAACAGAGCCCAAUUAAAGUUACAAAGGGCAGUAGAAGAAGUUAGGAAACUCUUAGUACCUCAAGCAGAUGGUGAAGAUGAAUUAAAGAAAAGGCAGUUGAUGGAAUUAGCCAUAAUAAAUGGAACUUACAGGGAUUCAACUUCGAAAGCAGCGGCCGUAGCAGAAUUUUUAAUUCCAGCCUGUGACGAAGAAUGGAGGCGGUUAGCCGCCUCAGCGGUGGAAACCCAGCGUCUCCUGUCUCCCGCCAUGCCCGGUCUCGGCAACCUGAGGUCUCAAGGUACACCUUUGGGCGCCCCUCUAAUCCUCUCACCAAGGAUGUCCGUUCCAACGUCGGCAGCUUCCAUCCUCAACGGUUCAGCGCCACCCGGAUCACUUCUGUCCCCCGGGGAUCCACAUGGGUUAAUCUACACCCCCUAUGCAGAUUACACGAAUUACGCAGCACUUGCAGCCUCUCCCCUAUUAACGGAAUACGCUACGGCUGAUCAUUCGGGUGCGGCAGCUGUGGCUGCGAAACAGCGGCGGUUGGGACAAAUUAGGGAGCACCCCUACCAAAGAGCGGGAGCGCUCUCAUAAAUACCCCAAUCACUGACAAGGCUUUGUGGAGUGCUAACCCCCUCGUCACAAACACACCCCACACAACCCUCUGCGCCAAUCCUUCGACUAACGAAAAAAAUUCUCGGAAGCGCCGGACCAACUUCAAGGGUAGCGGUAUGUCUAACCAUUUACAUCACUAACAGCGAUUCACUUUUUUUUGUCAUCGUGUAUACUAAAAAUUUAACGGUAGUAAUUUGGAGUAUAGGAUGUGUAUGGUGUAGAGCUAUGUAUAAAAGUUUGAGGUUUUCUGUAACAAAAAAAUAUAUAGCCAUUAUCAUCUAAAUAAAUUGAAUUGUGUUCUAAAAUGGUUUAUUUUUUGUUUUUAAAAGUGUAGGCAAACAUUUUCUUUUAUGUUCAUAUCAUGUAAAUACGUCAUUUACAAAUUUAUUCGCUAAAAAUGUACUUGAGAAGGUUUGCAGGAUUUAAAUAAAAGCAUGAAAAUGAAAAAGUUAACCACCUUCACCUUUUAGUCAAAAGUUCGAUUAAAUAUUAGAUUUUAACAAGAAAUUGAUUAUUUACUAAAAUAAAUUAAUUUUUUUAAAAGAAUCGCAUACAUACCAUCUCAUACUCAAUGUUGCUACAACUCGUUUUGUAUCUUAACCUUAUUUAGCAUACUAGUUCUGUGUUAAAUGCCUUAAAGUAUUUAUAUGUAUGAAUAGUUUUCGUUUAAUUCUUAAUAUUGUAAAGCAAUUUUAAAACGAUGUUUUUAAAUAUUUGUUUUAUUUUUUAGAUUCAGGAAACGUCUUUAUUUUUUAUAAAAAAUUUCAUUUUUAGUUAAUUGUAGAUGUGGAACAGCUACUAAAAAAAUAUACGAACAUUUUAAAUAAUGUUAAUAUUACUGAUUUUUCUCCAAUAUACAUUUAGUGCAUAAAAAAAGUAACUAAUUGUAGUAUAAUAAAAUAUUUUCUUAAACAGAACAAUUAAAUUCCUUUAUUUUGACAAUAUUUUAAAAGUUGCUUGAAAUUAAAAAGAAUUUAAAUAUGCAACCUUGAAAAAAUCAUUUUAUUGUAGUCUGAACUUGUAUUAAUUUGUAUUUUGGAGAUAAUUAAAAAUAAAUAUGAAGAAUAAAUUUUAAAAAAUGAAAGAGUUAAGGAACAUUUUUAAUGUUUCAUAUUUUUUGGAUUUAGUUGAUAUUUUCUGUAUAUUUUUAGGAAAAUAUUUUUAAUUUAUAGAAUAAAGUGAUAAUAUAUAUUUAUCGAGGCAUUUAGCACACACAAAUUAACUAUUAAAAAAUAAAUCCAGAUUGUAUAUUUGUAGAAGAUAAAAAUACUCUUUCUGAAUCUCAAAAAAUCUUUAGUUAUGCAACUUGGAUUUAUUUUACUUAUCGAACAUUUUUGUACACUAUGUAGGGUGGAUAGCAUUUAUCCAUUUUUUAAUCAAUAAUAUUACUAAUAUCUUCAUAAUAUUUUCUGUGAAGUACAAACUGUUUUUCUAGAGUGCCAACAAUACUUUUAAAAGAAACUACAGUGGUGUUCCGAUAAAAAAUUCAUGAAGAUGAUACCACUAUAUGGGUGUAUAGAUGUGAAAUUCUAAGGCUAAUAUGUCGAUCGUGUUUGUAUCACUACCAAUGGAGAUCCAAAUUUUUAAAAUAAUUAAAUUUCAUUUUUGCCAAAUUGGUAAAUUAUUAGUUACUUUACAGUUAAUUUUUAAAUAUUUUGAUUAAAUCCGAAUAAGCAUCCUAUAAUAAGUUGCUGUAGAACAUUUUUUGUUUGCCAUUACACAAAAUAUUUGAAUUCUUAAACAGAGUAUACUUCAUACAUAAAUUAUAAAUUGGCGUAGUUUUAAGAUAUGAAUUAUUCUAAUGAAUUUUUUACCCAAAUAUAAAAUCUUAAUCUUUAAUAAUAAUAAUAUUAUUUGAAAAAUAUAAAAAUAUAACUGCAAAAUAUCUACUUCAGAAAAUAUUUUACUGUAAUAUAACAAUUUUUAUUUGGGAGUGACUCAUCUGCGAAUUGCAUUUAGUCGGCCGGCAAUAACAUGUGUUUUGCAGGUGAAGCACCCUCAAAUACAAAUUGUUAUAGUAUAGAACUCACGUUUCUGAACAAUUAUUUAAUUAAAAUUGCAAUUUAAUAACGCAUGCAAUUGCAAACAAGAUUAUAUUUUACACAAAAUGUAAUAUUGCCAAAAAUGUUAAUAUUUUUCAAAAUUUUAAGCAAAAUGUAUGGGUAGUUAAAAAAAAGUAGAAAAACUGAUUUAAUAAAGGUAAGCAAUUUACAUUUAGAAAUUAGUGGCAUCAGAGAUAUUUAUUACUUUUACAAAUUUUAACUAAAGUAUCGUUUUAUCCAAAUUUUGUUUUUCAUGAUUAUUAGAUAAAUUUUGUUAAACAUUUGAUGAAGUGUAGAUAUUCAUUCAUAAAUUUAAAUAGUCAUGGCUCAUACCCAGUCUUCAUUGAACAAUUAAAGUGAUUUUGUUUUGAUUUUAUGCUUGGGUAAAAUAUUGAAAAAUUCAUAUUGAGAAAAACAAUUUCCGAGGUAUAAACAAUAACAAAAUUGUAAACGGUAAAACUCACUACGUAUUUAUAAAAAAAUCAAGUAUUUUUUAUUGGUACACCAACAAUUAUAAAAGAACCCAUACCUGAUGCCAAGAAACUAUUCUACACACAUCCUUUUGUUUUGGUUUUUAUACAUAGUUGUACUUAUCAAGUUUUCUUGGUCAGGUAAGAAGCUGUAAUUUUUGCAAUAUAAACUUUAAGGUAUGUAUUUAUUAAGUGACUUAAAAUAUAGAUUUAAUAAAGGUUUAAAUUAAAUAACAUCAAUGUUCACUAUAUUUUAAAAUUAAAUUAAUAUAAAUUAGAUUUAGUUUAAAUUAAGUACGCAACUAAAUCGUAGAAAAAUAUACUUUGGGUUCUUUGUCAAAAGAUGUGUUUUUAAUAAUUUUUAAAAAGAAAAAUUUGAUGUUAAAUAGAAAACUAUUAUUUAUUUUUUAAAUUCAUAUUCUUCAGAACAAUACACAUGUAUCAACUUUGAUUUAAAGAUGAAAUUAGUAACUAUUAUUAACGUUUUACAGUUUAAUUUAAUAACUACAGUAUAUCAAAAUGUUUUGGUUAAAAAAUUAGUGGAAAUUGAAUUGAUAAUUUAGAAAAUUUAUCAAAAAAAUUAAAACCUGCGGACACACACAUAUUACAAAUAAAAAAAAACUCGCUUAAAUCUUCCAUAAAAAAUCUAAAGUUAAUUUUUUUGCAUUUCAUUGGUUCACACUAUAUAUUCAGAUUAAAAAGUGCCUUGUAGUGCCAACGAUGUUAUUUAAAUAAACCUAGAAACGAUGAUCAAAUUAUUACAUUUUUUAUAUAUUAUAUAUUUAUGUAAAUGAAUCUACUAUAACGUUUUUCUUUAGAAUUUUUAUGUCUUAGAUAAGCCAAAAUUUGAAAAUUACAGGGGGCUCAAAAUGUUUUUUCAAUUAUUGAAAAUAUUUUUGGGGAUAACAGGGUUUCAAAAUAAAUUUUUUUUUUCUUUUGGAUCAUUCCAUAUCAAAUCAUUCAAAAAGCCAUUUUAGAAAAACAAAGUUGAUAUUCAAAUAAUCUUUUCAAAAACUAUUAAAAAGUCGUUCUAGCAUUUUUCAAUUCUUUAUUUUUCCAAGAGUUCUUAAUUUUUAAUCAAUUAUUAUUCAUAUUUUUUUACAUAUAUUUAAGAAAUUUAAUAGUUAAUUUUCAAUAAGUAAUUACCAAUCUUUUUUAUAUACUUUAAGAAUGGAACACAGAAUAACUGAUGAUUCUCUGAUUAAAAAUAAGACGAUUAAACAAAACAUGCUUAGAUAAAAUAUUACUAAAAAUAUUACUAGUUUCCGAAAUACAGGGUGUUAAAGUUGAAAAUUCAAAAAUUAUUAAUGGUUCUAAUUUUUUAUUUUUAAUUUUACUAAAUUCGGAAAACAUUUUUGGUUUCAUAAGAUACACCUAUCAGCAAAACAAUUAGUUGAAUAAAUUUUGCCAGUAUCGUACGGCAAGGAGCACUUUCAUCCCCUCUAAAUUUUACGACACUGCCGAAAAACCUACUUGGAUUAUAUUUUUUUUUACAUUUUUUAAUGUUUUUAAAAUAAAUCAUUUACUCUUAUUGAGAACUCGUAAAGUGAAUUUUUUUUAAUUUUUGAUUUUUUUAUAAAUUCUCAACAAGAGUAUAUGACAAAAUUCAAAAUUAUAGUCUAAAUAAGUUUUUGGAGUGGUGUAAAAUUUAGAAGAGAUGAAGGUGUUACUUACCCAUGCCGUACGGCACUGGCAAAGUUUAUUUAACUGAUUUUUUUGAUGAUAGGUGUAUCAAAAAUGUUUGCUCACUAUAAUUUUAUAAAAAAUAAUUAAAAUGAGGAAUUUCCACCUUUGAGUGUGAAUAUCUCGAAAAUCAAUAAAUGUAUGAGUUCCUAACAAGAGUACAUGAUUUAUU